UCCUCUCGAGCAGCAUGGCUCCCGCUGAGAAAGUCACCAAGAAGAAGAAGAACACGUCGGAGAACAUCAACGCGCGCCUCGCGCUGGUGAUGAAAUCGGGCAAGGCGGUGCUGGGGUACAAGUCGACGAUGAAGUCGCUGCGCCAGGGCAAGGCCAAGCUCGUCCUCAUCGGCUCGAACUGCCCGCCCCUCCGCAAGUCGGAGAUCGAGUACUAUGCGAUGCUCGCGAAGACGGGCGUGCACCACUACUCGGGCAACAACAUUGCCCUUGGCACCGCCUGCGGAAAGAUGUUCCGCUGCAGCGUCCUGUCCAUCACCGAUCCCGGCGACUCGGACAUUGUCCGCUCCAUUAACCCCGAGUCGGCGUAAGCGAGGGACCUGCCACGACGCACCCGAGGGUCGGCGCUAGCUGCGCCCCGUCUGGAGGGGGUCGCGCGUGCUUUCGCUGCCGCACGGCUCCCUGUGUCUGAGAUGCCACUCGAUGCGGAGACACACGCGAGCGCACUGGCUUUUGUCAGCCCAGCACCCCUUUUCUGAAUAAAAUUGAUCAGGCAGUCC